CACACUCAUUCCAAAAACCAGAUACAGAAUUAACCUUUUCCAAUUCUACGUAGGCAACGCAAUUAUGGGCCAAGUUGAGCAAUUAGAAUUUACCUUCUAUAUUAUUAGCCCAUUUAGCUUCAUUAAUCGGGCAGGAAGCCCAAAAUUGUUAAUCAACCCACCAACUAACUUGUAACCAAUUCCCGCAAUUAAACACCAAUUAAUGGCAUCCCAAAACGGAGCACUUCAUUAAGCGCCAGAAUAAUGGAAUGACAAUAAUGCCCCACCGUGAAGCUCUCAGAAGCCUCCAUUUUUGAAUCCCUACAAAAGUAACCCAUGAAUCUGCUUCAUAAAUUAUAUAGAUUGUUACUGACCUGAUCCACUCCGGUUGAUACAAUAUAGUCCCUUCACCCCUCCCCCAAACAAAUCGCGUCUUUAAUUGACUUUUUCACCCAUGGUUUCGGCCCAUAACUAUCCGGGCCCAAAUCCAAUCCUCAUUUGUCCCGACUCGACCAUCAUCUGAUCAUCAUCAACGAUUCACCGUUAUCGGCUCAUCGCCCAGCCAGCAGUAGGGAUGGCAAUGGGUCGGGUUGGGUCGGGUUUUGCCAAACCCAAACCCACGGGUUUAUCCGUGAAAAAAACCCGGGGUAAAACCCACUGGGUUUGAAAAACUCAAACCCAAAAUAACCCGCUGGGUAUCCGCGGGUUCAUGGGUACCCAUAUUUAAAACACUAUUCUAGAAAAUUCAAGCAAAUCACAAAUUAACUAUACAAAUUGUACAACGCAAUCUAGAAAACUCAAGAAAAUUGAAGUAAAUCAUAAAUUAAUAAAUUAUCCAUAAAUAACAUAUUAAUUGAAGGCUUCUUCCUUUCAAUUAAGUUUCUUCACUCUCCACUCGAUAACACAAACUUCAUUCUACACAAUUAGAAAGAAAAAAUUAGACAUGUCUCCACAAACAUAAAUAAGAUUAGUUGUUUAAAAUAUUAAAUAUACCGAGAAAAUUAAUUAUAUGUGUGGGCGGGUACCCACGGGUCGGGUUUACCUAAACCCAAACCCAACCCAACCCGGUGAAUAGUGAACGGGUUUAAACCCAAACCUAACCACAAACCCAUCAACACGGAUUUUACCCGCGUUGACCGGGUUGGGUCGGGUGGGUACCCGUGAGUUCGGGUUUGAUUGCCAUCCCUAGCCAGCAGUCUUCCCGAGUGACACCACGCGAGUCACGACUCAUCCCCGGCUCCGGUCGGCUCCGAUUCUACCAAUGGCGGCAGCGGGAAAAGUAUUUUUUAACUGUUACAAAUUGCCGGAACGCGACAAACCCACAGCGGGAGAUCAAUCAUCCCUCUCUGGGAAAUUAUUAAGCCCCUAAAGAAACCUCAGCUUUUCUUUAAUCCUUCUUCAAAAAUGUCGCUUUCAGCAGCCCUCGUCAUCGUCUUCAUCAGACCUCCCACCAUUUCCUCCCAGUCAACGGUCCAUCCCUAAACGGUUUACCAUAACCCCCUACUCUCAAUUUCUUCUUUCUCUUCCUCCAAGUCCAUCUCUCCCCCCUUCUUCGCGCGCCAUCUCGAAGCUGCUUCGAUCUCUUUCAGGAGUUCCUCCCAUCUGGGUUUUGGGGGGGUUUAUGGUAAACCCCUAGUCGAUGGUGGCAAGAAUAGGCCCCAAAAGUUCUGAUUUGCUGAUGAAUACGAAUCUGGGUCUGGGUUUCUUCGUCUUGCUGUCGUUUCUCAGCAGCUCCCUCGUCAAUUCCCAAUGUAGCCGAGGCUGCGGUUUGGCGUUGGCUUCCUACUACGUCUGGGAAGGCACUAAUUUGACAUAUAUCCUCCAGCUGAUGAACUCCAACAUUCUUCGGGACUCCGACUUCGACACCCUUCUGAGCUACAACAGGCAGAUACCAAACAAAGACAGCGUUCAACAGGACACAAGGAUUAACGUCCCUUUCCCUUGCGAAUGCAUCAAUGGGCAGCUCCUGGGCCACGUUUUCCUUUACCCCACGGUCACCGGGGACACUUACGACCUGAUCGCCGGCAGGAAUUAUGCGAAUUUGACCACCGUUGACUGGCUCCGGAGGUUCAAUUCCUACCCUCUCAACAACAUCCCUGAUAGGAAUGCGGUGGUGAAUGUCACGGUGAAUUGCUCGUGCGGGGACAGCUCGAUUUCGAGGAAUUAUGGGCUAUUUGUUACUUACCCGCUUCGUCAGGGGGAUAAUCUGGAAUCGAUUGCCCGGGGAAGUAAUGUCUCGGCGGAGUUACUGCAGCAGUACAAUGCUGGUGUGGAUUUCAGUAGCGGGAGGGGUUUGGUCUAUGUUCCAGGCAGAGAUGCAAGCAAUAGUUACCGCCCCUUGAAUUCAAGCUCUUCAGGUGGCAUAUCUGGGGGAUUCAUAGCCGGCAUAUCAAUAGCAGCGGUAGCUGUCGUGUUAUUGUUGGCUGUUUGUGUAUAUGUGAAGUUCUACAGGAAGAAGAAGGUGGCGGGGACAGUACAGCUGCCUGCUUUAUCACUAGGCUACUCUGCUCAAGGUACAGGAACUCAUUCAGAUAAGCCACUUGAAUCACCGGGCGGGGCAGCAUCUGGAGGACUUACCGGCAUUACUGUGGACAAAUCAGUGGAAUUCUCAUAUGAAGAACUAGCUAAAGCGACCGAUGACUUCAGUUUGGCCAAUAAGAUCGGUGCAGGUGGCUUUGGAGCUGUUUACUAUGCAGAAUUAAGGGGCGAGAGAGCUGCAAUCAAGAAGAUGGACAUGCAAGCAUCAAAGGAAUUUUUUGCCGAGCUCAAGGUUUUAACACAUGUUCAUCACCUGAACCUGGUCCGUCUGAUUGGAUACUGUGUGGAGGGAUCUCUUUUCCUGGUAUAUGAGUUCAUAGAGAACGGAAACUUGUCUCAACAUUUGCGUGGCACUGAGAGGGAGCCAUUAACAUGGCCUGGCAGAGUGCAAAUUGCACUCGAUUCGGCUAGAGGCCUUGAGUAUAUCCAUGAACAUACUGUUCCUGUCUACAUUCACCGUGACAUCAAGUCUGCAAAUAUAUUGAUCGACAAGAACUACAGAGCAAAGGUAGCCGAUUUUGGAUUGACAAAACUUACUGAGGUCGGAAGUACCUCGCUCCCCACACGUCUUGUUGGUACAUUCGGAUACAUGCCUCCAGAAUAUGCUCAAUAUGGUGAUGUUUCCCCAAAAGUGGAUGUGUAUGCAUUCGGAGUUGUACUAUAUGAGCUUAUUUCAGCCAAGGACGCCAUUGUCAAGCCCAGUGGAUCCAUUACAGAAUCUAGAGGACUUGUGGCAUUGUUUGAGGAUGUCCUAGACCACCCUGAUCCAGAAGAAGAUAUCCGAAAGCUGGUCGAUCCAAGGCUGGGAGAUAACUAUCCACUUGAUUCAGUUCGAAAGAUGGCCCAGCUUGCCAAGGCUUGCACACAAGAGAACCCUCAACUGCGUCCGAGCAUGAGAUCCAUCGUUGUAGCUCUAAUGACACUCUCAUCGUCGACAGAAGAUUGGGACGUCGGCUCCUUCUACGAUAACCAAGCUCUUGUGAAUCUGAUGUCCGGAAGAUAGGAACAGGGACGAGAGAGACUAUCUCUUCUCGAAUCGUGUGAAUAGUACGAGAUAUUACCAGGGGUUUCUCUCAGGGCAUAGUCGUAUACCUCCCAUCUUUGUUGGGUUUUCUCUGUAAAUGAUGUCAUUGUGUAGCAGCAGCAGCAGCAGCUGAAGCGAAUUCACGGGCGGGGGGUAACCCAAAGUCUCUCCAGAAUUUGUAGCAGCAAAAAUUGUUUCUAUUUUUGAAUGGAUCAACUAGGAAGAGAAAAGGUCGUUUCUUUGGAUUGAAGCAAGGGUUUGGGAAAAUGGUCCCGCCCUUCAUGCGCAGUUCCUUUCUUGGACUUGGAAUAUGGAAGUGUUUGUCACUAUCAAGAAAUUGGCUGACGAAGGAAGCUGCUGGGAUCCUGCUGUUUCUUGGGCGUCAAGUUUCUGUCGGGGGUUAGUUGAUUGGCGUGACAAUGUCAAUUAAACAGUGGCAUGGAUAGUACAUGAUUUCCUUUCCUUUCCUUUCGCACCGCCACCACUCAAUCAACGUCCACUGCCGGCUUGCAUUCAUGGAUGAGUCAGACGGCUGACUUUUGAUCAAUGCUUUUCUUAGUUUUUUUUUUUCCCUACAAAGGAAAUGAGAGUGAAAUACCAUUGCCUCACAUUAAAUAAAAUUAAUCUGGACAU